GGCGCCGACGGUCCAUAGUUGGCUAUCUCUGGUCUCCCCUCCAUGUCGCUCCUUCCCCACGAUCCCGCCUCGCUCACCGACAAGGAAAACGUUGCGAGCGGCGGCGACGACGCGGUCUGCCAGCCCGUCCACUGCUUCCAUGCAUUCGAUACGCUGUACUGCGCGCUCACCGAUGCGUUACCGAUCCCGCCAGCGUAUCCUAAUGACAAGUACCCACUCUUCGUGACCUGGAACACUCGGCGAACGGGUCGCUCCCCGCGUCUGCGGGGAUGUAUAGGGACGUUUGAGAGCUUGCCGCUGCAUGAGGGCAUCCCGGAGUACGCGCUUAUCAGCGCCUUCCGCGACCAUCGCUUCCGCAAGAUCGAGCGCAGCGAGCUUCCCAGCCUCGAGUGCGGGAUCUCGCUCCUCACCGACUUUGAGGACGCGGACACCUACCUAGACUGGACCCUGGGCGUCCACGGCAUCCGCAUCAACUUCCCCCACCCCUCCUUACUGCCCGCCACCUCUCCCUCCGGAUCCCCUUCUCCGUACUCGUCAUCGACGUCCAUCCCGCGCGUAUCGAACAAGCAGCGCUUCUCCGCUGUCUACCUGCCCGACGUCAUGCCCGAGCAGGGCUGGGACAAGAUCGAGUCCGUCGACAGCGCCAUCCGCAAGGCCGGCUGGACCGGCCGCAUAACGGAGGACCUCCGCCGCAGCGUGCAUCUCGUGCGCUUCCAGAGCAGGAAGUGCACGGUCGGGUGGGACGAGUAUGUGGCGUGGCGCGAGGCGUCGGGGGCGGAAAUGUGAAUGGCAGGAACUUUACUGGCGACGCAAGACAUCCACUUACACGUAGAGUCGCACAGAUGUACAACUACAACAACCUUCGCUUCAAGGGUCCUUUCCUUUGUCUGUACAAUACAAUGAUCAUCUCGGUUGCAUAGAUUACUACAAUGGCUGAAGGCGACGCAGAAGUGAG